AUGUUGAACGAUAGUUAUGUAGAACAAAAUGCUAUGCGUAAUGUUUUAAAUAAACUUAUGCAAAUAUCUUUUCCAUAUAUCAUUAUUGUUUCUGUUAUUGGUAUUGGUGGAAAUUUUCUUACAAUAAUUAUGCUUUCAACAAGAUCUCUCUCAAAAAAUUUUAACAAUUGUACAUUAAUUGCUCUUGCUCUUACUGAUCUUUUAUUUAAUUUUACACUUGUUUCUCGGUGCAUCAAUGAUUUAACACAAUCAAAUAAUGAACAACUUUGUCGUUUAUUAUCAUUUGUUUCUCAUUUAGCUGAAUUAUUAUCAGCUUGUUUUACAGCUCAAUUUACUGCUCAACGUUUGAUAGCUGUUCGAUUUCCGUUAAGCGUAUUUGCUGAAAAAAAAAUUCAUCUUAUACAUUAUUUAGUUGUCACAUUAUUUAUUAUUCUUGGUAUAACAUAUUGUUUAGCUUUAGUUAAAACUAAUGAAUAUGAUAAUUGUCAUGAAGAACUAGAUUUAAAUUGGUUUAUAUCAGAUGCAUUAUUAUCAUUUCUUAUACCAUUUACAAUAAUAAUAAUAUUAAAUAUAUUAAUUAUAUUUUAUUUAAAAAAACGUUUUCAAAAUAAUCCACAAUAUCGUUUUAAAAAACGAAAACAACAACAACAACAAUCCGAAGUAAUAUCAUUAAAUUUUAGAAAAAGAUCUUCAUCACCAUAUGAAGUUACAUUCAAUACAAAUUUUCAACCAAAUAUUUAUAAUAAUAUUAACAUAUCAAACUCUCAGCAUUCAAUUCUACAAACUCACUCAAAUAAUAAUUCACUCAUAAUGAAUGCACGUUUUCGUUCCCGGGGUUUAUUACAACGUCAAUCGACUAUAUGUUUUAAAAGUCAAUCAUAUCGUGUUACUCGUAUGCUCAUUCUUGUAUCAACAUGUUUUCUUUUACUUAAUGCACCAGCACAUAUAUGCACAAUAGGUUUAAAAAUCUAUACACUUCAACAAACAAUAUUCAUCAAUGAUUCAAAUGAAAUAAUUACAAAUUUAAACGAUAAUUUCAAACCAUAUAAUGAAACCUCAUCAACAUCAUUAAAUAAUAAUGAUUUGAGUUAUAGAACAAAAAAAUCUUCCGAUCAACAGAAUACGAUUAAUCAUUUAAAACGAAUGGAAUUAUUUUAUAUUAUUACUAUAAUAACACAACACAUAUCCUAUGCAUCAUAUUCAAUAAAUUUUUUUCUUUAUUCAUUUUGUGGAAUAAAAUUUCGUCGUGAACUUCUACGAUGUAUAUCGGCACAACGUCGACAAAUGCCAAAAUCUCGUCCAACAGUUGUAUAA